AUGAAGUGCACACUGGAGGGGGGCAAUGCACGCAUUGUUGCCAAAGCCAUACAAUCGCUGUCCAAAGUGGGCAAAGAGUUAUUCAUUGAAGCAGAUAUACAUGGACUUCGUAUGCGCUCCAUCAAUCCCACACAAUCCGCUGUGGCCAGCAUAUGCUUCCACCGCUGCAUGUUUGAUACAUUUCAACUGCCGCCCAGUGGCGAUUGCUGUUGUAAAAUAGCCAUGAAGCCAUGCCUUGGUGUAUUUCGCAAUAUGAAACAGGUUGAGCACUGCGAGCUGAGCAUCGUGUGUAAUCGGACUAAGUUCCAAGUCAAUCUGCGCUGCAAGCUGGAGACCACGAAGCAAGCGCUCAUUGCCAUUGUGGAUGAACUAAAUAUUACGUCGGAUGUUCCUACAGAUCGGAGCUCUAACAUCAUACGGGGCGAUCAUAAGUUACUCAUGGAAAUUUCAAAUAGCUUCAAUUCUUCCGAAGAAGAACUAACACUCGAGGCUACUCCAGACAGUCUGUCGGCCAAGAACUACAUAGAAGGAGCUCGUGUCAAUGACAAGUUCAUGCGAUCUCAACUAAAACUGAAGCCAAGCGAAUUCGACCAUUACCAGGUAGCCGAGGGUGCAGUCAUUACAUUUUGCAUCAAGGAAUUUCGCGCCUUUCUUCUUUUUGCUGAAGCACUGAAUGCACAAUUGACGCUGGAGUUUGAAGAUGCGGGCAGUCCAUUCUUUGUUAAGAUUAAGAAACACCGCGAAAUUGAAUGCUUGCUGAUUUUAUCAACUCUAUCUCCCGAUGAUGUUAGCUUCUCGGAGGAUUACCGUCCGCGCGAGAUUAGCAUGUGUAAUUCUACCAAUGUAGCGCAAAAGCGAAAGAGCAGUGGACCUGGACAAGAUGUACAGCAGAAACGCCGAUUGGCCGAAGAUACAACUCUCUCGGAUGUAGACACGGCGCUGUUUCAGUUUCGCGAGCAUCGACCAGAACGGCCAUCCGAGGCACCUUCGGUGCAACCCGCGCGACUGCUGGCCGAUGGUGAUACCGUGGAUCUGGUUGAAGAAGAAGCCGACGAGGAGGCGCUACUGCUUGCAGUGUCAGAUGCUAUGGAAGCAAGCCAGAUACCGCCGCCUGGCAGCACAGAAGUAUGCUUCUACAAUACAGAGGAUGCGCCGCCAACACUAAUUCCAUCACAAAUGGAGCAUAACGACGAUGAGGAGGAUGAAAGUAUACCGCAGUCCCCGGAGCGGGAACGCGAACAAAGAGUACGCACAAUAUUCUCGCGCUGUUUCCAAAACACUUACGUGCCGCGCGAGCCAUCGCCCAAUAGUCAAGUGUAUGCGCCCAAUUCGGAUACAGAGGAUUAGCCUAGUUUGUUCGUUUAUUAAUAAAAGGCUGUACAAACGUA